AUGAACAAGCCGCCGACAAACCCUUCUGAUUCUAAUUCUGAUUCUUCUUUUCAUCUUGGUUGGAAUCCUAAUGCAUUAUAUAAUAGCAUAAUCGGCGAUCUUUCAUUGGGUUCUCUAUCUCCGUUUCACAUUGCAACUCUCCCACCAUCAUCAUCAUUGGAACAUCUCCCACCGCCACGCGGCGGUUUGCAGCGGCAAAGUUUGUCUCUUCCGCCGCCGGAGUUCUCCGCGGCUGCCCUGCCGCCUCUCGUGGCUGCUGCUCCGGCACCGGCACCGGCGAGAAGAUACCAACCCCGUCAGUCUUCUUCCACGAAACCGCGGAAGAAGAACUCAUCAUCGCCCUCGCUGCGGCUGAAGAAGGGUAAGAGCGAGACGAUCACGCCGCCAUACGAGUGGGCCACGAACCGGCGUGCCACGGUGCAUACCCUACACUACCUGGACUUCAAGAAGAUCCAUGAGAUCAAGGGAGAGGUGCAGUGCAGGCGGUGUGAGAGCCGGUACGAAAUGGGGUUCGAUCUGAUUAAGAAGUUCUCUGAGGUGGCGAAGUUUGUAUGGGAAAACAGAGGCGAAAUGGCGGACCGGGCGCCGGAGGUUUGGAUGAAUCCGAGCCUUCCGACCUGCCGGUACUGCGGGCAAGAGAACAGCGCGAAACCGGUGAUUCCUCGGAGCAAGAAAGCCAUAAAUUGGCUGUUUUUGCUACUAGGGCAGAUGCUGGGGUGUUGCACUCUGAAUCAACUCAGGUAUUUCUGCAAACACACCAGACAUCAUAGGACGGGUGCUAAGGAUAGGGUGCUGUAUCUCACGUACCUCAGUUUGUGCAAACAGCUUGAUCCCAGCGGUCCUUUUGAUCGUUAGUUAAUUAAUAAUUCAGAAAUAUAAUGGGAUUGAAGGAGCAGAUGAUCGAGAUAUAUGGCUAGCUUUAAUUUGUUUUAAUUUUAAUUUCUUUCAUCAUUUCGUUUUGGUUGGAUUAAUUGGCUGGAGAUCGAUGCAUUAUGUCAUGCCGGCCGGCCUGCUGAGUACACUAUGCGUUCUUGAAAAUGAUUCAAUUCGUUAGUUGCUGUGCUGCAAGUUAAGCUAAG